ACAGUCAAGCAACAAGUAUUGACAGCGAGCAGUACACUUGUAAAGAAUUUCAGCUUUAUCGUGAGUUCUGCGUACAGAGCAAGAAUAGAUUUUCUAAUUGUUAAUAUUAUCCUCCACUGUUUUAUCAAGUAAAUUAGGAUAAAAAGAACAUAAUGGCUGCAAAGACUCCUGCUGUUGGCAUUGAUUUGGGUACAACUUACUCGUGUGUUGGGGUAUUCCAGCACGGCAAGGUGGAGAUUAUUGCAAAUGAUCAAGGAAACCGCACCACACCAUCAUAUGUAGCGUUUUCAGACACUGAGCGUCUGAUUGGUGAUGCUGCAAAAAACCAAGUAGCUAUGAAUCCUAACAACACAGUCUUUGAUGCAAAACGCCUUAUCGGCCGCCGAUUUGAGGACACUGUCGUCCAAGCGGACAUGAAACAUUGGCCAUUUGAAGUUAUUAGUGAUGGUGGAAAACCGAAGAUUCAAGUUGAAUAUAAAAAUGAGACAAAAACAUUCUUCCCAGAGGAAAUAUCUUCCAUGGUACUGCUGAAGAUGAAGGAAACUGCUGAAGCUUAUUUGGGAAAGGCUGUGGCCAAUGCUGUUGUUACUGUACCUGCUUAUUUUAACGAUUCCCAGCGUCAAGCUACCAAAGAUGCUGGAACCAUUGCUGGUCUUAAUGUUUUACGAAUCAUUAAUGAACCUACUGCAGCUGCUAUUGCCUAUGGCUUGGACAAGAAAGUCGGCGGGGAACGCAACGUCCUUAUCUUCGAUCUUGGUGGUGGAACUUUUGAUGUUUCGAUCUUGACAAUUGAAGAUGGAAUUUUUGAAGUGAAAUCAACUGCCGGAGAUACUCAUUUAGGUGGAGAGGAUUUUGACAACCGUAUGGUAAACCAUUUUGUUCAAGAGUUCAAGCGAAAGUACAAGAAGGAUAUGGUCACCAACAAGCGUGCUCUACGUCGCCUACGUACUGCUUGCGAGCGUGCCAAACGUACCCUGUCAUCGUCUGCCCAAGCUAGCAUUGAAAUCGAUUCCCUUUUUGAGGGUAUUGAUUUUUACACAAGUAUUACGAGAGCUCGUUUCGAAGAAUUGAAUGCCGAUCUUUUCCGUUCCACCAUGGAACCUGUUGAAAAGGCCAUCCGUGACGCAAAAAUGGACAAAGCCCAAAUUCAGGACAUAGUUCUUGUUGGCGGCUCCACUCGUAUUCCUAAAGUCCAGAAGCUGUUGCAAGAUUUCUUCAAUGGGAAAGAACUAAACAAAUCGAUUAAUCCCGAUGAGGCCGUUGCAUAUGGCGCUGCCGUUCAGGCAGCAAUUUUGCAAGGAGAUAAAUCAGAGGCUGUUCAAGAUCUGCUUCUUCUUGAUGUUGCGCCUCUUUCUUUGGGUAUUGAAACAGCUGGAGGUGUUAUGACUGCUCUCAUCAAGCGUAAUACUACCAUCCCGACUAAGCAGACCCAAACUUUUACCACCUACUCUGACAACCAACCUGGUGUGCUGAUUCAAGUGUACGAAGGAGAACGUGCAAUGACAAAGGAUAAUAACCUUUUGGGCAAAUUUGAACUCACUGCGAUUCCACCAGCUCCGCGUGGGGUUCCCCAAAUUGAGGUCACAUUCGAUAUUGAUGCCAACGGUAUUUUGAACGUAUCUGCUGCUGAUAAGUCUACUGGUCGCGAAAACAAAAUUACCAUCACGAACGACAAGGGACGUUUGUCGAAAGAAGAAAUUGAGAGAAUGGUAUCCGAUGCCGAGCGCUUCCGCUCUGAAGACGAAAAACAGCGUGAGCGUGUAUCUGGCAAGAACUCCUUGGAAUCUUACUGCUUUAAUAUGAAGUCCACGGUGGAGGAUGAAAAGUUCAAAGACAAACUAUCUGAUGCUGAUAAGACAACUAUUCUCGACAAGUGCAACGAGGUCAUCAAGUGGCUGGAUGCUAACCAGCUCGCCGAUAAAGAAGAGUUUGAGCACAAGCAGAAAGAAAUUGAACGUGUGUGCAAUCCCAUUGUCACCAAGUUGUACCAGGGUGCUGGAGGUGCCCCUCCUGGUUUCCCCGAUAGUGCUGGAGCUGCUCCUGGUGCUCCAGGCGCUGGUUCGGGAUCUGGACCAACCAUCGAGGAAGUUGACUAAAUAUCAGGCUUUUGCGUGAAUGCUCUAUUCAUUUUCCAUCAAGUUGAGUUUCAUUUUUAAGCUAAUUCAUUCAACUGAAUAUACGAUAUCAAUUGCCGUA